AUGGAUACAGAAACACAGUUUGCCGCUCUUCUUUCUCCUCCAGCAGAAUAUUUGGCUGCAGUCAAGGUGUUCCCUGUAAUAUCUCAUCUCCGAAGGGACGUCACAAAAAGCAUCGACAGCGCGCUAAGUUGGGACCAAUUAACGGCAUCUGACAUCAACUUUGCUAUCGUUCGGCCUAUUGUCUUCAAAUACGCCCGGCUCCACAACCCUUCCAUAGUCUACGCCUGCCUUGUAGUCCGCUCUCACUUCCUCGCUCUCGCCGAAGAUGAUCUCGCCUACUCUGGCGUAUCCCUCUCUCGCGCAAGCCUCUGCGAAAUCCUCGCCAUGAAACUCGUAUCCCACUUCGCCAACAACAGGAUCCAGCUCGUCUCCGUUCUGACUACAUGUUGGAGUCCAUUGGCCGGAGCUCCAGAGAGCGUGAUAGAGGAGGUGAAGGGUGUGCUUGGUGCUGCCGAGGAGAAUGAGAUAGAUGAUCCACAGAGUGCGCUCGAGAUGGCUAUCGCAACCCGCGCCAAAGCCUUCAUCGCCUCUCCGAUCAUCCAGACGGUCGUGAAUGACAUCUACUCCGGCCAAGUCGUCUACUCAAGUUCCGCAGCGACCAACCGCUCCCUUGUAGCCGAUAACUACAAGCAGCGAGCCAUUGAAAUCUACGAUAUACGCAAAGCCUCGCUGUUGCACCAUCCACGGCUACGCGUGCCGAAGUAUGGUGCACUAUUAGAGUUUUUGAACUUUGUGGUGUUGUUCGUGAUCUUUGUGUUGGCGCUGUCUAAGCAGGACAAGAACGCGAUGAACGUGUUUGAAGUCGUAUUCAUCGUUUUCGCUUCAGCAUUCACGUUGGCGGAAUACACGGCAUCUCAAGAACAUGGUUGGGGAAUUUAUAUCGCGAAUAUGUGGAAUGUCUUCGACACAUCAUUCGUCAUCGUCUUCCUGCUCUAUAUUAUUCUACGCAUAAAAGGCCUCGCCACGGGAGACCCAUCUUCGUCGGAAUUAGGCUUCGAUAUCUUGGCAUGUGGCGCUUGUAUACUAUUUCCCAGGCUCGCGUUCUUCCUCGUAUCCAACAACGUUGUCGUCCUAGCCCUCCGUGGCAUGAUCGCCGAAUUUAUCUUCUUCAUGUGCAUCGCAGCGAUAUGUUUCUCCGGCCUGCUCUUCACCCUCUGGACGCUCGCAUCGGACAAGUGGAAGCUCAAAUCCAUCGCGUGGCUCAUGGUGCAGAUCUGGUUCGGCAAUACGUAUCUCAGCUUUGGACAGGCGGAGAGCUUUCAUCCGGUGUUUGGCCCGAUAUUGAUGACUGGGUUUGCGGCGUUGAGUAAUACGCUGCUUCUGACAAUUUUGAUAUCGAUAUUGUCGAAUACGUUUGCGAGGAUUGAUGCCAACGCGAAUCAGGAGUACCUCUUCCAAUUCACCAUCAUCACUCUCGAAGGGAUGAAGUCCGACGCACUGUUCAGUUACCAGCCUCCGUUCAAUUUACUGGCCUUUGCCAUUCUAUGGCCAGCCAGUUUCGUACUCUCCCCACGCUCGCUUCACACCGCAAACGUAUUCCUAAUUCGACUAACAAGUUUCCCCAUCCUGAUCGCCAUCUCGCUCUACGAACGAUCCUUCCAACAACAGCCACGCCAUCUUGACCACGCAAGACCCACAAACUCAAACAAUCAAGGCCUCCGCCACACCACGCAGUCCGCCGCUCAGUCCUUAUACAACUCCCUGCCCCGUGCCGUCAAGACCCUGCCUGUUCUCGAAGCCGUCAUGGGAACGCACGCAGAGGACAUCUAUGAGGCUUUGUUCGACGUGGAACAAUUGGUGGACGAGGAUGACAUCAGUCUGUUUGAGGAUGAGGAUGGCGAGGAAGACGAUGAUCGUGACAGGAUCGGGCUGAGGAGCUGGGCGAGCCGGGAAAGGCAUGUGCAAGGUAUGACAGAAGAAGAAGGGGAUAUGAGCACGGAGCCCGCUAGCGCGACCACGAAUAGGUUUUCGAACGGGAACAGGAAUAGUCCGACUCGGCCGAGAAGCGAAACGCAAACUUCGACACCUGGUCGUCCAGGUCGUCCAGGUCGUCCGUCUAGUAUUCCUCGUUCCCCGACUCAGACCUCCAUCCGACAGUCGGCGUCCAGACCGCGGUAUCUGUCUUUGCGUACUGAGGCGACACGGGUGCUUAACGCGGCGACUGGCGAGAUACCGACUCCUGCUAGUCCUUUGGCCAGGUUGUUCGGAGGUGGGAGGAGGGGUCUCAACGAGAGUACGGGCGUCGGUGAUGGAAUGAUGGUGGGCGAUAGAAUGGAGAAAUUGGAGGAGAGACUGAAAAGAGUCCAGGAGCUGUUGGAAGAGCGGGAGAGCAACGGUGCAGAGGAGGACAGGGGUGGACGUGAUAGCAAACGAAAGGAUACGAAAAAGGGUGACAUGAGUGGGUUGAAGGGGGAGAUGAAAGAACUGCAGGAAAGGCAGGCGAGGAUCGAGAGCUUGUUGAUGAUGUUGACUAGGGGUAUGAGAAACGAGGUCGGGACACCUGGAACACCAUCGAGGAAUGAUACGUUUUGA